UAUUUUUUUUUCAGUCGGAAAAGUCAGAUGGAAAAGGUAUUGGAAAAUUGAACUAAGUUUUCUUUAUUACCGGGCUUUUACAAUAAAAGUCGGUAAAUAGUGUUUCGAUAAAUACCAGCUAUUUAUUUAUUACACACAUACCGGUGUCCAAUAUAUAAUGGCGACUCUAUCUUUUGCCAAAAGUUUGGUUAGCCCAGCAUUAAAGAUAGUUCUAAAACAAGGGCAAUGUUCUCAUCUCAGAAAUACAGGGUUUCCCGGCCUUAGCCCUUUGAGUAUUGUGCUAAGAAGAAACUAUGCAGAGAAGCAGGUCUUUGAGAGAACCAAACCUCAUUGUAAUGUUGGCACAAUUGGUCAUGUUGAUCAUGGAAAAACUACCCUAACAGCUGCCAUUACUAAAGUAUUAGCCGAUCUCAAUUUGGCCCAAAAGAAAGGUUACUCCGACAUUGACAAUGCUCCAGAGGAGAAAGCUAGAGGCAUUACUAUCAAUGUGGCCCAUGUGGAGUAUCAGACUGAAACCAGGCAUUAUGGCCACACAGACUGCCCUGGGCAUGCUGACUACAUUAAGAACAUGAUCACAGGCACAGCUCAAAUGGACGGCGCCAUCCUCGUAGUAGCCGCCACCGACGGCGUCAUGCCCCAGACCCGCGAGCACUUGUUGUUAGCCAAGCAGAUUGGCAUCCAGCAUGUAGUGGUGUUCAUCAAUAAAGUGGACGCGGCUGAUCAGGAGAUGGUUGAGCUGGUCGAGAUGGAGAUUAGAGAGCUGAUGACCGAAAUGGGAUAUGAUGGUGAUAAGAUUCCAGUUAUUAAAGGAUCAGCCCUCUGCGCCCUCGAAGGCAAGAGCCCCGAAAUCGGCGCCGAAGCCAUCACAAGUCUGCUGAAAGAAGUGGACUCCUUCAUCCCCACACCCAUCCGAGAGCUGGACAAGCCGUUCCUCUUGCCUGUUGAGUCCGUGCACACGAUUCCUGGACGAGGCACUGUUGUUACUGGCCGUCUGCAUAGAGGAGUAUUGAAGAAGGGUACCGAAUGCGAAAUCGUAGGCCACGGUAAAGUCAUGAAAUCCACUGUCACUGGCGUCGAAAUGUUCCACAAAACCCUAGAGGAAGCUCAGGCCGGUGACCAACUCGGCGCCUUAGUGCGUUCCAUCAAGAGAGAGCAGAUCAAACGCGGUAUGGUCAUGGCUAAACCCGGAACAGUAAAAGCCCACGAUAAUAUCGAAGCAGCGGUAUAUAUCCUCAGCAAGGAAGAAGGUGGCCGGUCGAAACCAUUCACUUCGUUCAUUCAGUUGCAAAUGUUCUCUAUGACUUGGGAUUGCGCGUCGCAAGUUACGAUUCCUGAUAAGGAGAUGGUUAUGCCUGGGGAAGAUGCGACCCUACACUUGCGCCUGGUAAAGCCCAUGGUAUGCGAGACCGGACAACGCUUCACCCUGCGUUUAGGCGAUAUGACACUCGGCACCGGUGUCAUCACGAAGAUCAACAAGAACAUGUCUGAAGACGACCGACUCAAGCUCAUGGAGGGCAAGAAGGCCAGGGAAAAGGCCGCUGCCAAGAAGUAAUCAGCGAUAUUAUAAGUUAUAGUAGUUGUUAAAAUUAUAUGCUAUGCAUUUAAAAGUGUAAAAAUGUAGUCAAUAAACAUUCAAUAUGGCUAUUCAA